AUGGAAGAGAUUAAUCAUUUUAGUCAUAAAAACCAUCCAUUAAAGCUCCUCAAUUCUCACACGAUUGUAAGUGCUACUGUUGGUGGUGAUGAAGAGAAACCAAAAUUCAUUGAAUGCUACGUAUGUGGAAAACCCAUAUCAAGUGGCUUUGCAUAUGGUUGCAUCCAAUGUCGUUACUUUCUGCAUAAAGAAUGUGCACAACUUCCGCCAACUUUCAACGACCCUUCCUUAUAUAACCAUCUUCUAACACUUACUCCUUUGAAUUCUACAUCUUCCAGAUCAUGGCGUUGUGAUGUGUGUCGUAUUCAAAAGAAACCUGGUGUGUUUUCGUAUAACUUUUCCAAGGACGGUAAGUGCAUCUUUGCAGCUUGCAUUGAUUGUUGUGUUGUUAGGAUUGCUUGUAAGGUUGAAGCGGAUGCUAUCAAGGAGGAGGCAACAAUCAAGGUUCAACAUGAAGGCCAUCCACAACACACUUUAACCCUUCAGUUAAAACAUGCAGCAUUCCUUUGUGAUGCUUGCAAUACUUAUAAGAAUGAAGGCUUGUUCUAUCAAUGUGAUAGUUGUCACUUUUGGAUCCAUAAGACUUGUGUUUCCUUAGCACCUACCAUCCACCUAACCAAUCACCCCAAUCAUGAACUUGUUCUCAUCUAUUCGCUUCCAGAAAUAUUCUUUAAUUUCUUCUACUAUUGUGAAGUUUGCAACAAAUACAUCCAGCGGAAUGAGUGGUUGUAUCAUUGUGCAAAUUGUAGAUAUUUUGUCCAUAUCAGGUGUGCCUUAAAUGCAGGGCAAACUUCUACUACUCAAAGAGAUGUCUUAAGUACUUCUUUUGUUGAUGAAGACCUAAAAGAUUUGUUGGAAUUUCCCAUGUCAAAGGCAUUCACGGAUCCAUUAAAACUGCUACAUUUGGAUAAGACAAUUAUGGAUGAUGAUGACACGAAGGAAAUUACACAUUGGAGCCACAAUCAUCCAUUAAUACAUAAUGUUGUUCAUCAAGUUAACAACAUGUGUGGUAUGAUCUCUAGUGAUCCAAUAGAGGUAUGUCACGGGUGUGUGCGACCCCUCUCCCUUCCGUUCUAUAGUUGCAAAGAUGGAUGUUCAUUUACUCUCCACAAAUAUUGCACCGAGUUACCCCUCAAAUUACAACAUCCACUUCACCCGGAUCAUUCUCUUGUCUUGAUAAACACAACGGGACAUGGUAUAAACUAUAAAUGCAUUGGUUGUUUUAGCUACGGCAACACGUUUUUGUACAACUGUGAAACUUGCAAGUUCUACCUUGAUGUCAAUUGUGCAUUUCUACCCAAAACCAUCAAACACAAAUCCCACAAGCAUCCUCUUAUCCAAGUUAUUGAUCCUGAACCUCUUUGUAGCGCAUGUGACAAAUAUUCGAACGGUAUAAGCUAUGCUUGUAAGCCUUGCGACUUCAUAUUAGACAUGUAUUGUGCAAUGAGGUCACCACAUUCCCUUGCUCAUAGAGAUGGUCUGAGUACUGUUAAUGAAGAUGAAAAUGGUUUGCUGCAUUUUCCCAUGUCAAACCAAUUUACAGAUCCAUUGAAACUACUAUAUUUUGAAAAGAUGACUCAAGAUGAUGAUGAAACAACUAAUAUUAACCAUUGGAGUCAUGAACAUCCAUUAAUCCUUCAUGUUCAACCUCAACCUACACCUAACUACAUGUCUGGUUGUAGUGAUCCAAUUGAGGUAUGUCACGGGUGUGUACGACCCCUCUCCCAUCCAUACUAUACUUGCAAAGAUGGAUGUUCAUUCGCUCUCCACAGAUAUUGCGCCGACUUACCACUCAAAUCACAGCAUCCACUUCACCCUGAUCAUUCACUUGCCUUGAUAAACACAAUGCGACAUAAGAACUACUAUAAAUGCACUGGUUGUCGUAGCUUUAGUAACACAUUUUUAUACAGAUGUGAAACUUGUGAGUUCAACCUCGAUGUCAACUGUGCAUUUCUACCGAACCACAUCAAACAUAAAUCCCACAAACAUCCUCUUAUCCAAGUUAUCGAUCCUAAACCCAUUUGUAACGCAUGCAACAAGUGGUUUAAGGGUAUAAGUUAUGCUUGUAAGGCUUGUAGCUUCACCUUGGACAUGUAUUGUGCAAUGAGAAUGACAGAUUCCCUUAGUCAUAUGUAUUGCAAGGGACAUGAAAUCCCAUUGACGUAUCCCUCGGUCAUGGAUCACCUGGAAGAUUUCUAUUUUGAUAUUUGUGAGAAAGAAAUGCAUACCAAGUUCCCCCUCUAUUAUUGUCAAAAAUGCAAAAAUUCUUUUCAUCUUGAUUGCAUUAGUCGAGUCGAUUAUUAUGCAAACAUUUUACGCGAGGGCACCUUGAAUGAUUCAUGUCACAAAGAUCCAUUAACAUUUGUUUGGAGAAAGAAAACGCCCAAGUAUGUGUGUUCUAAUUGUAAUCAAGAUAUUAAUGGUUAUUUCAUCCUCGAAUGUCGGGCAAGAGUCUAUAAUUUCAGUAUUUGUUAUGCUUGCCAUAUUAAUAAGUACUAA